AUGGCGUCGCGUCCACCUGUCUCCCGAAAUCGACUGACUCUAACCUCCGUGGCGCGUGUAGCAUUUCUGAUCGCAUUAACCCUUAAUCCUCUCAGCGUUCACGCGGCGGCAGGCGCCGAUUUAAAGACACUGACAGCCGAUGCGGGCGACUUAGAGGCGCGUAAUGCGCGCAGCGGCGGCUGGCAGAGGAAGCAACUGCUCGACCCGGAUCGCGAUGUCGCCGCGCUCUCGUUGCCGCUGCGCAGCGUUGCGACGAAAGCUUCGAACGCCGCAGAACGCGGGUCUGACGCGAGUGCAUUGGACGAUACCAGCAGCGUGUUUCACAGUGACAGCAGGAGCGAUCCCCGCGGUAGCGGUAAGAGUGGCAUUAGCAACGGCGGCAGGGGCGGCAUAAGCAGUGGCGGCAGGCCGCAGUGGCCGAACCGGCCGCACGUGUUCGACCUGGCGGACUUUGGCGGCGUGGGCGACGGCGCGACGGACAACACGCGCGCGCUGCAGAACGCCGUGUACGCCGUCAGCGGCGUGGCGGACAAGGGCGGCGGGCAGCUGUACGUGCCGCCCGGCGUGUACGUGACGGGCAGCGUCAACCUCACCUCCGCCAUGACGCUCUUCCUCGCGCGCGGCGCCACCAUCCGCGGCAACCCGGACCCAGCACUAUGGCCGGUGAUACCAGCGCUGCCAUCGUAUGGGCGCGGCAGGGAGAUGCCCGGGCCGCGCUACAGCAGUCUGCUGCACUGCCACAACCUCACAGACGUCGUCAUCACCGGCGACCACGGGGUGAUCGACGGGGGAGGCGCGGAGUGGUGGGAGAGGAAGCGCGGGGGGGUGCUGCAGCACUCGCGGGGGGCGGUGGUGGAGGCGCUGUGGAGCUCUGCUGUCACCGUCGCCAACGUCACUCUCGCUAAUGCCCCCGCCUGGGCUCUGCACCCCGUCUACUGCACGUCCGUGCCCCUCUCCCUCCUCCCUGCUUUGUUUUGCCCAUGUGAUCUUGUGCUUUUAUACCCUUGUGACGGUCUCUCCUUCACAUGGCUCUGCCACCACGUGCAGGUGUCCAACGUGACUAUCACCGCGCCUCCUGACUCGCCCAACACCAUCGGGAUUGUCAUCGGUAAUUCUCCAAUCCUCUGCUCCCACCACCUCUCCUUCGCAUCAAUUCAUCAUGAGUGUGGAUUGUUGUUUCUACCCAUAAAGAGCGGAUGGGACGAGUACGGGCUGGCGUUCGCCCGCCCCUCCCACUCCAUCACCAUCCAGCACUCGCACAUCCAGACGCCGCUCGCCGCCGCCCUCUCCAUCGGCAGCGAGAUGUCGGGCGGCGUGCACUCGCUGCGCUGCCGCCACCUGUCAGUCUCUCACUCGCUCACCGCCUUCCACCUGCGAACCGCGCCAGGCCGAGGGGGGUACAUCCGAGACGUGCUAGUGCAGGACGUGACUAUGGUGAACGUGACUGUGGCGCUGGCCUUCCUCCCCACAUGCAGCAGCCACCCAGAUGACCACUUUGACCCGUCGGCUCUGCCCCGCGUGGCCAACAUCUCCUUUGCUUCCAUCUCCGGCUCGGGCAUCUCUCAAGCCGGCAGCCUUAUUGGCCUGCCUGCAGCCCCUUUUAGAGGUGUUUCGUUAUCGGAUAUAAACCUGCAGCUGGUGGAUGGCGGGAAGGGCUUUAAGUGCCAGGAUGUGGAAGGGCAUGCACGGAAUGUGUCUCCUGCCAUCUGCCCUGAGCUGUCCGCGUUAAAAGCUGACCCACUAAAGUGUAGAGGAUGUUCUUCCGUCAGGGAGCUUCAUUAA